GCACGAAUGAUUCAUACUUGAUAAUUUUUUUCUGUUGUUGGAAAUUAAGCAUCUUUAGCAGAUUGUCCAAAACCUAUUGACACUUGCGAAAGAGGCAAAAUAUCAUUUUACUUAUACACAGGAUUAUUAAAACCGUACGAAGAAUUAAUUUUGAGUGAUCCUACCUCUAUUCAAAAAGCUGGUUUUCUCAAUGGAACAGACGUUAAAUUCAUAAUUCACGGAUAUACUGGUACCAAAGAUACACCAGACGUGUUAGUGAAACUACGUAAUGAAUACUUCAUAAAAGGCCCUACAAACAUAGUCGUAGUUGACUGGGGACCAUUGGCUAUUGAUGGGUGUUAUUUUGACACUGCUUUCGGAAGCGUACCGACAGUUGGAAGAUGCUGUGCGGAAAUGCUGACUGCUAUAUUGGCGAACAGACCCGAGAUAAAACUAGAAAAAAUCCACGUCAUAGGAUUCAGUAUGGGAGCACAAGUUUGUGCCAGAUUUGCCAACAGUUUCAAGCCGAAAAUUAUACCGAGAGUUGCAGGUUUAGAUCCCGCAUUCCCAAAAUUUUUCCCUCCUUUUUUAGACGGAGAUAAUAUACUGCAUAAAGAUCACGGUGCAUUUGUAGACGUAAUUCAUACAAAUAUUGGAAGAUAUGGAGUGUUGUAUUCUGACGCACAUUACGAUAUUUAUGCCAAUAAAGCGGUCAAUCAACCUGGUUGUAAUGAAGACACCUCGUGUAAUCAUCGUCGAGCUGUAGUAAUCUACACGGAAUCUAUCAAUGGGAAAACUAAAUUCAUUGCAAGGAAAUGCAAGCAUAAUAAACCAUUAAUAACGGUCGGUUAUUGCGACGGUGAUAAACCACAACGUUUAGAAGUAGGAGAGUAUUGUCCACCUCCCAAACACAAAGAUGAUGAAGGAACUUAUCAAUUUGAUACAAACGAUAAACCACCAUUUGCGAAGGGUCCCAUUUAAAUGAUUAUUGAUUACCUGUGUUUCAAAUUUAUGUAAAUUUUUAUGCACUUUCACUCAAGUAUAUUAAACACUGUACCUGCUAAAAAUGAAUGUGAUUUUUAUGUCGACAAAUUUUUUCUCGGUAACUUCAUCUCCCGGCCCCGAUGAUUGUUUGGAUGCUAAAACGAAAUAGUUUUUUAUAAAAGAAAACAUGGGUUGAAAGUAACAUUAUUUUCCUUUGGAAAAAAUACAACAAACGCUUCAAAAUAUGAGUACACAAUCCUUUGAAAACAGGGCCGAGAGUCUUAGGUGAGACAUUGAGACUCAAUCAGAAAACUAGAAUCACAUUCAUGUUUAGCAUCCAAGUGUUCAGACUGCGUUUUUUUCCCCCCUGGAAACAGCAUGUUGUGAAAAUUGAACAACUAACAUUUUCAGUUUCCCCAAAUUGAUUUUUCUGGAGAAUUUUAAAAGCCCAAAAAUUGUGAAUUUCUUAAAUUUUAUGCAUUUUUUUUUUUUUAAUUUACUUUUUUAGUAAAAAUAAUGAAAAUCACUUCUGAAGCAAUAGAAUCAACUUCUCCAAACCGAAUUCCAUCAUUUUCAGUCAA